AUUUGCCUAUAGAAGGCUUCCCUCUUUUGCAAUUGUCGAACACACCAACCAUCAGAGAAGGAAGAGAGAGCCCAGGCAGAGAGAAGAGAAAGGAAGAGAAGAAAGAAGAGAAGGAAAAAAAAGGGAGAGUGAGAGGAGGAAAAAGAGAGCAUAAAGAAAUUCUCCAAGAGAGAAAAAUCAGUGAGCCACAUAUAUUGUAAACACUAAAGUUGUAGCCCUAUUAUUUUACAUAGUGGAAAAGUUACUGCUGUUGCUCUCCGAGGACAUAGGCAUGACCGAACCUCGUUAAAUGUUGUGUCUCAUUUACUUUACGUGCAGCUCAAUAUUCUAGCGUAUCUCGUUUAUUUUACAACACCAUUAGAUUUUUAUUUUUAUUUUAAUUAUUAUUUUUCUUGGGUCUGAGACUCCUUCUCCUUGCCCUCUUUAAUUCUUGUUGCACUCACGCCUUCUGACUGAUAAACCAAGCCCUACCAAUUUCUCCACUGAAACUCUGGCAAUGGAAUUCCAAGAAAUUUUCAUAGUGGCAACUAGCACUAUAGGCUUCAUCUCUCUUUGUAAACCCAUCAUCAGUUUUCUCAGAUGGGUAUGGGUCAUGUUUCUGAGACCCCCAAAGAAUCUCAAGAACUAUGGCUCAUGGGCUCUCAUCACGGGCUCCACUGAUGGAAUUGGAAAAGCCCUUGCCUUUGAAAUUGCUUCAAAGGGUCUUAACCUUGUCUUGGUUGGUCGAAACCCUUCAAAGCUUGAAGCUACCUCCACUGAAUUACAUGAAAAAUAUGGUGGGCAAAUUCAGAUUAAGAACAUUGUCAUUGACUUGGCCAAGUUCAGUGGGGAGGAGAUAGGAAAUGCCAUAGAGGAAGGAAUAAAAGGCCUUGAUGUUGGAAUUUUGAUUAAUAAUGCCGGGGUGGCUUACCCUUAUGCGAGGUUUUUUCAUGAGGUUGAUUUGGAGCUGAUGGAGAGCACUAUGAAGGUGAACAUAGAGGGGGCCACUUGGGUGACUAAGGCAGUGCUUCCAAUUAUGCUUAAGAAGAAGAAAGGAGCAAUUGUCAACAUUGGCUCUGCUUCCUCUGAGAUCCUCCCUUCUUACCCUCUUUACACUAUUUAUGCUGCCUCCAAAGCGUACAUUUCAAUGUUCUCACAAUCCAUUAGUUUGGAAUACAAGAAGCAUGGAAUUGACGUUCAGUGUCAGAUUCCUAUGUUGGUGGCAACAAAGAUGACAAAGUUAAAGCCAUCUUCCUUCUUCAUUGCAUCACCAGAGAUGUACAGCAAAGCAAGCAUGAGAUGGAUUGGCUAUGAGCAUCUCUGCACACCCUAUUGGGGUCACUCUGUGCAGUGGCUCAUAAUACAUGUUUUGCCUGAUGUGUUACUGAAUGCCAUCGUCCUUAGGUACUUCAUUGGGAUGCGAAGGAGAGGCCAAUUGCAGGAGGCACAGAACAAAAGUAAACAAAUGUAGUGAUGCAGGGCAGCGGCUAUAAGCUGCUGUCCAGCGACCCCAACGUACCCAAGAUACAGAGAAUAGAAGGAUAAAGCUGUAGAAUUGAAGUGGAACGAAGAAGUUUGAGUUCUAGGGCUAAAUUCCCAAAGAAAACUCUUUAGACUGAAGUCUGAAAUUAUAUUGAUUGAAAAACUGAAUACAAAAAGUCUCUUAAUAGCCUAUUUAUACUA